CGGAUAGCUGCAUACCUCCGCCUCAACGUCCUCAACCUCCUCAACCUCCUCAACCUCAGUCGCAACGCCACACGUGAAUACGCCACACCUGCCCACCAUGAAUCGAGACAAGAUCCAACAGUGGGUCGAAGGCGUGGAACAAGACCUAUCAGGACUGUAGUAUGUACCACCUACCUUCCUUUCAACUCUUUCUACCUACUUCAUCCUCUGCAGCACAGAUCUGAUCAGCUUGCAAUCGCCCAUGUGCCAACUCUUAACAUUUAUACAGUAUUGGACAAGAAUCUCCACGUCCACGUCCACGUCCACGUCUCACCCUCGACCCUGAGGUCACAAUGGCGGACAACUUCAUUCCACCAGGCCAACAGAGAUAUACACGCGCCUGUAUGGUGUGCUCUAUUGUCAUGCAUCAGUCUCGAUUCAAAUCCGAAGGUUGCCCAAACUGUCCGUUUCUAGAACUUCGCGGUAACGGAGAUGCUCUCGAAAGCUGCACUUCCACGGUGUUUGAAGGGUUGAUCACUGUUAAAGACCCUAAGAAAUCCUGGAUUGCGAGAUGGCAGCGCAUCAACAACUACGUCCCUGGUGUCUAUGCUACCAAGGUUUCGGGUUCUAUUCCUGAAGAUAUCCGUAACGGCUUGAUUGAGGAUGGCCAUGUGCUGAUUCCGCGCGAUGGAAGUGGUGUUGAUGUGGAUUAGAACUCCACUGCUGUCACCUCCAAGCCCCCAUCCAAACGAAAAUCAUCAAACUUGAGCCAGAAGUCUUCUGAGGACCACCCCAAGAGACCACGAGAGAAGUUUCAGGGCUCCCAGGGCAGUAGCAACUGAACUUGACGAAUUGAUCUUAGCAAGCUCAGAAAUGCGACUCGCCGUCAACGCAUAAGACGAUGAGCUUUGAACCUUGACAGUGACGACAAUACUACAACGAUUGGCACCACACUGAUAGUACCAAUAGUACUGGAAAUUAUAGUCUACGAUUCCUCGUCAAAGAUCUUGUUGGCCCAUUCAAAGGGCUUUCGGUAGGAUCU